UGCUAGUCAACAAAUAUCUCGAUGCUUAUUGUGUUGCUACAUUCAAGCAUGAAGCUCGAGCAGAAGAUGGGCAGGCCUGGUAGUGCUCCUAGAGGGGUAAGCGUCGUGAAUGACGCGCAUGACCACGCGAAGACGCGCCUCGCGUCUGCAGAUAGACUGGAUGCAUGAACGAGAAUGCCUUAAAAUAAGACCAAAAUGUCCUCGCCGGCGCCGUUCUUCGCCUCGUCUCCUCUGUCGAUCACAUCUCCGCGCCGCAUCCCCAAAUCGAAAUUCACGUACAAGCAACUCCACCAACUCAAGUCGUACAGCACACAAACACCGCUACGCGUCAUCGCACACGUCGAUCUUGAUGCUUUCUACGCGCAGUGCGAGACAGUCCGCCUCGGCCUCGAUCCUUCGAAACCCCUUGCUGUCCAGCAAUGGCAAGGGUUGAUAGCGAUAAACUACCCGGCCCGCGCAUUCGGCCUCAGUCGACACGUAACAUCUACAGAAGCGCUGAAGCAAUGUCCAGAGCUUAUAAUGCAGCAUGUAGCGACAUGGAAAGAGGGUGACGAGAAAUGGGCAUAUCAUGAGGAUUCCUUUGCGAACAUGGCAACACACAAAGUCAGCUUGGACUCGUAUCGGCUGGAGAGCAGGAGGAUCUUGAAGUGUAUCAAGGAUGCGCUGCCGGAAAAAGAGCAGCGUGUGGAGAAAGCCAGUAUCGACGAGGUUUUCAUGGAUCUGAGCGCUCAAGUGCACAGCAUACUGCUGCAGAGAUAUCCUAUACUAAGAGGUCCACCUCCGUAUGACGAUCCAACAGAACCGUUACCAAAAGUGCCGACCACAGUGCUGGACUGGGCGGCUGAUGCACUUGUGGAAACUGGUGAGGAGGAUGGCGAAGAUAAAGAUCCAGACUGGGACGAUGUGUGCAUGGUCAUAGCCUCAGAGAUUGUGCGCGAUGUGCGGAAACAUGUAUUCGAUACGCUUCAUUACACGUGCUCUGGAGGUGUUGCCCGCAACAAAAUGCUGGCCAAGCUCGGUUCGGGGUUCAAGAAGCCUAACCAACAGACUAUCAUCCGUAAUCGAGCCAUUAAGCAUUUUCUUUCAGACAUGAAGUUUACAAAGAUCAGGAUGUUGGGCGGUAAGCUGGGUGAUGAGGUUGUUGCCAUGUUUGGUACUGAUCUGGUCAAGGAUCUGGUGGAGCAACCGCUGGAUCAAUUGAAGAAACUUGGCGACGAUACUGGAAGCUGGUUAUACUCCAUUAUACGAGGCGAAGACAACAGCGAAGUCAAUACUCGCACUCAAAUCAAGAGCAUGCUGUCAGCAAAGUCAUUCAGGCCAUCUAUCAAUUCCUUUGAACAAGGUGUAAGAUGGCUACGAAUCUUCGUUGCAGAUAUUUUCUCGAGAUGUGUGGAGGAGGGAGUACUGGAGAACAAGCGGCGACCAAAGACCAUAAUACUACAUCAUCGACAGGGUGCGCAGACACGGAGUAGGUCAGCCCAAAUUCCACAGGGCAAAGCUUUGUCAGAAGCUAUCCUUUUUGACCUUGCGAAGAACCUACUUGCGCAAGUAGUUGUGGACGGUCGAGCGUGGCCUUGUGCUAAUUUAUCACUGAGCGUUGGUGGCUUUGAGGACGGGCCGAAGAACAACGCUGGCAUCGGUGGGUUCCUUGUGCGUGGAGACCAGGCCAAGGCCAUGAUGUCCUCGGAUCGUGGAGGAGAGCCCCCAGCGAAGAGGAGACGUACCAAAGGCAAUAUUGCCAACUUCUUUGGACCGAAAGACGACAAGAGGAAAGACUUCGAUGCUGCACGAGCAGUCUUGAUGAAAGCACAUAGCGAAUCCACCAAGGACGAAACGGAGGAUGAUGUGGAGGAUAACGACGGGGACGACUUCGACCAAAUUCGCAGCGAUGAAGUCACCCGCCCAUCAACACCCACGCUAGACCGCCAUGACACAGAAGAAGACGCUCAAAUCUCGAACACCCCACCCUCAGCGCAACCGAAACCGUCCUCCCCUUCUCCACCCACACACCAGCGCCACGAUCCACCCGUCACACCAGCGCCUCGCCUGAACCCUCCAGCACAGGUUCAGAAGACCCUUGACACCUUUUUCUGUUCACGAUGCAACAUCCACCUCCCAAAAGCCGAUAAGACAGAGCAUAUCGACUACCACUUCGCACUCGACUUGUCGAAGGAAAUGCGACACGAAGAGCGUAAUCCACUUACGACUUCGAAGGCCCACGGCGCGUCGAAACCGAGUCGUGGGCGAGGACGGCCGCCCGGCAGUGGGAGUGGCGUGGGUAGAGGAGGUGGGAGAGGAGGUGGACCUGGUGGUGGUGAGAAGGGCCAGAAAAAGCUGUUCUUCAGUUGAGCAUGUAAUGAGUAUGCCUCUCGAUGAGGUCACGCGUUGCAUGUCAAUACACGUUCCAGAUUUUCUACGGUUGCGUCCAUAAUAUCCCGCCUCAUUGAGAUUUUAGCUACCACGGCACAAUAUUAUUAGUAGAGUCCCCAUCGGGCGUUUUUACCGAAGUCCAGCAGCGUGUAGUAUCGU